GGAAAAAACACGCAUCACGCAUUAUCUGCAUUAAAAAAAGUCACAAGGUUAAUGUUAUUGGCUUCUUUGUUCUUUUUCUUCUCGAAUAAGAAAUAACAGCAUGUCAAAAGAGGAAAUCAAACAAGAAUUGGCACAGUACGAACCGAAUGAAGAAGAACGUGCUGCUAUCAAAUCAGCCGUGUUCAACUUUGUCAACCUUUCUACUGUGGGUGCUGGUUCACUCGGUUUAGCAGGAUACUUAUGGAAUAAAUCACGACCUAAACGCACAGGCAUCCCCACAAUCCUUGGCUUUUUCACGGGAUUAGCACUGGGUGGUGCCUUGGGAAUGGAUAAAGGCAUGCGCACAUUACGAGCCAGGCUACCUAGCGAUUCGAAACUGUUAUCCAUCAUCCAUGAAACUGAUCAAAUGCGUCAUGGUUCUGUGGUACCAUUCGAAGGAACAAAAGCAACAACACCUGUAAAUCAACAGCAAGAACAACAAAGCACGGAUAAUAUCGAUGCGUUUGUGCCUGACGACAAGGCAAACAUCAAAUGAGUGAUAUAAUAGUAAUUUUAAAAUGUAGAA